UGUGGGGGUGUAUCAAAAUUCAAUCGAGGAGAAAAGCUCGCUCGCCAUAUUUUGGACAACUCUGCGAUGAAGUAAUUUUUGGGCAAAAGGAUAGGCUUUUAAGCCGCUCCAAACGUCAAAUGACGCCAAAUUCGUAACAAAAGAGACUUAUCAUCUGAGUCCUUCGAAGAGAGUCGGAAACGGUGACUUGCGAAUCUCGCCCAAAUUAUCCACAAUGAAUGGACCUCCCUCGGCGCCUAUGAUGAAUGCUAUGGGAAUGUUGGCUCCAGUGGCCCCACAACCAGGUCUCUUGGGGAACCAGCCGCUGCCCACACUGGUGAAUCCAGCUACUAAUGACGCCCCUCUGGAGUUCAACAAAGCCAAAGCAGGUCUUGCGUUGCAAGGAGAAUCAGACGAUCGUCGAGCUCGUCGCAGCGGCCAACCCCCGCUAACCAUAGCCCCCACUGCAGCCCAGCAACAAUCUCCAGUGUGGGCGCCUGGGGGCAUGAUGGGCAUGAGCUACCCCCCGACCAUCAUGGGGAUGAUGCCAAUGACUGACCCUGCUGGAAUGAUGGGCAUGGGUCAAUCGUUGCCGCAGCCAUUGCCUCAAGCUGGGGAAGGUGACGAGUGUGGCCCGCAGUGGGGAAUGCCGCAGUACCCUGUGAUGGGAGGCAUGAUCCCUCCUGCUAGUGAGGGUGGGGUUUUGCCGGGAGGCGUCGUCAAAGAGAUAAUCCACUGCAAAAGCUGCACCUUGUUUCCUCCGAAUCCCAACGUGCCGCCACCUACGACCAGAGAAAUUCCUCCUGGGUGUCGGACUGUUUUUGUUGGAGGUCUCCCUGAAAAUGUUACUGAGGAGAUUAUUAGAGAAGUCUUUGAGCGUUGCGGUGAAAUCACCACAAUUAGAGUCAGCAAGAAGAAUUUUUGCCAUAUUAGAUUUGAGCGUGAGCAGUAUGUAGACAGAGCCAUAUACCUAUCAGGUUACCGAAUUAGAAUAGGAAAUCACACCGACCCACCCAACACUGGACGUUUGCAUGUCGACUACGCGCAAGCGAGAGACGAUCUUUAUGAAUGGGAGUGCAGACAGAGGCAAUUGCAGAGAGAAGCUCGACACCGGGAGAGACUUGAACAAGAGCGGAUGCGACCACCAUCUCCACCUCCAGUGGUCCACUAUACGGAGCAUGAGUCUCAAGUCAUAGCUGACAAACUGAAGGGAGAAGAAUCUUUCGCAAAGGCUGUGCAGGUUGUGGUGACUUGGUUGGAACGUGGAGACUGCUGCAAAAGGAACUCGAACCAGUUCUACUCGAUGAUCCAGUCAAGCAACUCGCAUGUCCGACGGCUGCUGACAGAGAAGAUGCAGUACGAGGAUGAGCUGAAUCGAGCCAAAGAACUCACAAAACAGAGAAUGCAAGGCCUACUGAUGCAGUUCGGUCAGAUCGAGCGAGUAUUCGCGGCGGCCAGUCACCAGAAGGUUUGGGACCAUUUCACCAAGGCCCAACGCAAGAACAUUAGCAUGUGGAAGAAACAGGCAGGGGAAAUCAGAAGCAUGCAGUUGGAGGAGGCUGUAAACGAGAGGGCUGAUGAGGAAAUGGACGUCUCUGACUCGGAAGAUGACGACGACGACCAGGAUGACAUUGUUGUCCUCAGCAGCACCAUGAGUAGCAGGAAAAAGCCAAGGCUAGACGAGGUGGCUUGUCUCAAGGAGGAGAACGACAACCUCAAGUGCCAACUCGAGGCGUACAAGAACGAGGUGGAUCUCAUUAGGGCCGAUCUCAAGUGCGACAACGAACAGCGCGACGCCCAAUACAAACUCUUACAGCAAACGCUGCAAAACACUCAACAGCAAUUGCUGGAUGCGACGAGAAAACUGACUGACAAGGAAAAGAUAAUUAAAGACCUGGAGAUGAAGUCACCUCUCAAUUUUGAACUUAAGUCAUCUGGCGACAGUGUCAAGGGUGACUCGAGUAUCGGACAGCUUUCUCCAGAGGUGGAUAGUGAGACUGCUUCAUCAUCAGGCCAUGAUCCCAAACUCCCAAGCAUUAGCUCCAGCGAUGCCAAACUAAUUGGAUUAAUAUCCAUGUUCCUCCAUGUUCACCCCUUUGGUGCUGGCAUUGAUUACAUCUGGUCUUACUUGCAAAAGGUGGAACCUAAUUUAAGAACGUCUGAGGUAGAGGCGCUUAUGAACCGAUUUCCGUCGGUUUUCAAACAAGAGCUCUCUGGAAUUGGUGCCAACAUGGAGCGCAAGUGGAUUUUUGCUGGCUUUUGCCGAUCCGACUGAUAGGAGAUAUGUGAUUGGAUAAAUCCAGUCACUUCUUAGUCAAUCUAUUUUAAAAUAAUUCAUCUCUCUGGUACCCAUCGUGCCAUCAGUGAAAGACAUUUUCAACAAAGUUAUACACUAAACCUAAGUUUUUGUGAUUAAAAAAAAUGUCUUAUAAUUCUUUCUCUACCUUCUUGCUAUGCAGUUGUAGGUCCUAAAAAUUGGCCUAGCAUGUCAAAACAGAGUGAUGAUCUUUAAAUAUAUAUUAAUCAUUUCAGUUACCAUAGCUUUAUAUUAUGAAGCUCGCCUGUUAACGAAUUAUAUUUGUGUUUGUGUGAAGGAUGAAAUAAAAUUUUGUCUGUGA